CAUAUAAAAAGCUGGUUGUCAUCAACUUUGCUACAGCUGGUUGUCAUCAAGUUUGCUACGGCAAGAGUGAGUUUGCAUGUGGCGAUUCCAACGAGGUUGAUUCAUUCUUCUCCAGAAAUUCAAGCUCCACAGAGAUGAAGGAAGAUAAAGGUGCAAGGUGGUUUGAACUCGAAUGUGUACCUAAGGAAUACAUAUUCCCAACGGAAUAUAGACCCCAAAAUCUUGAAAGUCCUGUUUGUGAUUCAAUUCCUGUUAUAAGUCUUGCAAACUCAAAGGCUGAAAAUGGACAUAGCCAACCGGUUGAAGAAAUCUUGAAGGCUUCUCAAGAACUCGGUUUCUUUCAGGUGAUAAAUCAUGGAAUUCCGGAAAAGACGGUAACUGAUGCAAUGAAUGUUCUUAAGGAAUUCUUUGACAUGCAAGUCAAAGAUACAACAACUGAGACUGUCCCUCGUAAAAAAGGUUAUAUUUACACAAACAGCACUGAUUUCGCGAAAGAUGGUGUGCAUUUAUGGAGGGAAAAUUUUAAGCAUCCUUGUCAUCCCUUGGAGGAAUGCAUUCAUCUAUGGCCAGAUACACCAACUCGAUAUCAGGAGGUAAUUGCAGCGUAUAUAGUAGAAAUACAGAAAUUGAGUACAAGGAUUUUAGAGAUGAUUUGUGAAGGAUUAGGACUUGAACAAGGCUACUUUAAAGAUACAAGUGAAGUUCAGUUUUUGUCAUCUAAUUUCUAUCCACCCUGCCCAGACCCGAGUCUAACUUUGGGAAUAUUACCGCACGUUGAUCCUAGUCUUAUAACCAUCCUUUAUCAAGGGGGUUCAACCGGUCUUCAGGUUAUAAAGGAUGGUCAAUGGGUCAAUGUUGGAGCCAUUCCUAAUGCCUUUGUUGUCAACAUAGGUAACCAGUUGGAGAUAAUUAGCAACUGGAAGUUUAAAAGUGCUAAACAUCGGGUGGUGACUAGUACACACGAGACAAGACGAAGCAUUGCAACCUUUGUGAACCCGUCUCCCAAUUGCAUCAUUGAACCAGCAAAAAACUUGGUGAACGAAUUGGAACCAACGCUAUACAAAGCUAGCCAAAACUUGGUGAAUGAAUUGGAACCCGCGCUUUACAAACCUAGUCAAUAUAAAGAAUAUGUUCUCCACAGCAACGCAUUUGGUGACGACACUGCUGCCAUCCAGAAUGGUCUGCGUUAAGAAAGUUGAACAACACAUAGACGGAUUGUCUGUGCUAUGUCCAAACUUUGUUUUAGGUACUUAAUUUUUAUUUGUCCCAACUUAUGCAAGAACGUAGAAUGGUUGGUAUUUGGAGUGGAUGAACUUUAACUUUUAUUUAUUUCGUUCAACUUUUAGAAAGUGA